UGGAGCCACCUAUCACUGCUACGCCUCACUUUUAUUACUGCUGUGCAUGGUUUGUGUCUUGUAGUUCUUCUUUGUUUUUGUCUUGAUUUCUGUCAUCUUCUAACACAGCGACUACCUCGUGAUGGACAAGACAACCACCUCGCUGCGGCCCACCAGCGACGAUAAAACAAAAUCCGUCCAUCCUCCUACCCGAUCCUUGACUAAACCUGCCGCCCCAAGGCUGUCAACUGGCACUCGGACUUCCACUAUUGGCACCACGUCCUCUUCGAGACCGACCACAGGCAGUUCCCUUAGCAAGCCUCCUGCGCGGCCCUCGGUCACCAGCGCUGUUCGAAGACCACCAAGUAGUACUUCUACCGCUGCUGCCUCGUCUCACCAGAAAAAGCAGUCUGCAAGCUCUGUCGACGAGAAGCCUUCGGGCGAUGAGAAGGUCAAAGAUGGCAUCUCCGCCAGGCCUAAGAGGAUGUCCCUGGCUGGUACCUCCACCGACCGCAGCGUCCAUGGCACAGCGAAGACAGUCACGGCCACUUCCGCUCGCCGCACCUCAACUCAGCCCACUCGCACUAGUAUUUCAAGCCCUCCGGCUGUAAAGAAAUCCCCCUCCACUCCACUCACAAGCCGCACGACCACCACUUCACGUGCAAGACCCCUCGUCUCUUCCACUUCCCGAAAUGCCGGCGCCGGCGCCGCUACAAGCAGUCUGCUUGAUAAGAAACGGUUGAGCACAAUUCCUGCUUCGCCACAUGUCAAGGCCGAUGUGGAAGACUCUGGCGAUAACAAAGAGAAUGUCGAAUCAGAUGUCGACAAUAAAUCAUCUGGAGAGACACCACAGGCCAGCCGCCCGGCCCUGGGCUCCAGGAAGUCCACACGGUCAGUUCUCAUUGAGCAGCAGAUCAGAGAGUUUGAGUUGGUCAAUACUAUGUUGUUGCAAGCUAUGGCUUCAGAUGGAUCUGACGACCAAGAACAACAAUUGCUCAACGACAAUGCCGCAGCCUCGAUAGCCAAACUGAAAGCAGACCUCACAAAGGUCAGACAGUUCGAGAGAGAGAAUGGUCGUCUACCCACAGAAGGCGAGCUUGAUGGUGCCAGGUCCUCAGCAGCCGAAACAAUAUCAGAGCAAGCCGAAGAUGGCACUGAUUCAACCGUCGAUUUAAAGGCUCAACUCAAAGCUUCCCAGACCGAAGUCGAUGCUUUGCAAUCUGAGCUGGAUGCUCUCAAGGCCAAAAUCGAGAGUAUUGCGGUUAAGGACCUGCAAGCAGAAGAAGCUGCAGAGGCUGUCGGAAAAGAACACGCCAGUCAGAUUGAAGAACUAAAUGCUCUCCACAAGCAAAAAUACAAUCAACUAUCUGAUGAUCAUCAGAAAGAAGUGGAAAGCUUGAGCGCUACUCAGGCUUCCCAGCUCGACGAUGUCAAGAAUCAACUGUCACGUGAGCUGGACGAGGAGAGGAAAGCAAUGGAACUUCUUAAGAAAGAAUUGGAGGAAGCUCGGUCUACCAGUGCGAAACAGCAAGCAGAGCAGACGGCCGAGAUUGAAAAACUCCGGCUAGACCUCGAGGCCCAGACAUUGAGCAAGGCAGCCCCUUCCCCCAGCUCUUCUCCAGAUCAUGCCCAAGAGCUGGCGGAUGCUCAGCAAAAGUUGGAGGCUGCACAAACACGGCAUCUGGCAGCCAAGGACAAUGCCAAAUCCAAAAUCGCAAAAAUACAAGAAGAUGCCGAAGCGAGGAUCAGCGCCCUAGAAGCACGACAUCAAGAAGAGUUGGAACUGCUGAAACGCGAGAAAGAAACCGCGGAGACAGAACUCUCUUCAAAGAUCGCUGAGCUCAACGCCAGAGCCGCUGAACUCGAUACCAAGACCUCUGAGAUUGCAAAACAAGAUGAAGAACAUGUUAAGAUCAACGGUGAAGUUUCCCGUCAAGCCCAAGUGAUAGAAUCCUUGAAGAGCCAGAUCUCCGCCUUCCAGCAGUCCAAGAAAGAGGAGAGUGAUGCCCAGGCCGCUACGAUAGUUCAGCUUGAGGCCGACCUUGCUGACCUAAAGCUGCGACAGCUUGACGAAGCCGAGUCGGCUAAAGCUGCGCUUGCUGCGGCUGAGGAAGCGCACAGCGAGAACCUAGCUUCCCUUGAGAAGCAAGUCAGAGCGGCUCAGCUAGAGCUAGAAGACGCAUCCGUCAAGCACAGCGAUGAACUCAAAGAGGCAGCAGAAAAAGCCCAAGCGAACAUGAAGGCUGUCAUGGAGGAACUUGAUUCUUCAAAGGCAUCAGACAAAGAUCAGAUCAAAGCAGCCCAAGCCCAACUUGUGGAAGCACAGGAAUCAGCCAAGAUAGCCGAGGAGCAACACCAAGCCGCUCUUCAGAGCCUACAGGCCCAGCUUGAGCAAGGCAACGCCAAAUUUGAGGACCUUUCCACCAAGUAUAAUUCAAUCCUCGAGGAGAAUGAAUCCCGAGCUUCCAUCAGCAAAGACGAGAUUGCCACGCUAAAAGCGGAUCAUGCCGAUCAGCUGCAGAAGUUGAACCAGAAGUUACAAUCGUCGACAGACGAACUUGGCUUGUUGAAAGAAAAGCACAACUCAGAGAUCAAGAGUCUAGAGCAACAAGUUCAGUCAACGCUGAAAGAUCUCGAUGCUCUAGAUGCUGGCCAUAUUGAGGAGUUGAAGCGUGCGAGAGACGAAGCAGCUCAGACACACCAAAAAGAGCUGGAGGAUGCAGAAGUUGCGCACGUUAAACGAGUACGAGACCUUGAAGCGCAGCUCAAUGAUGUCAGCUCUCAAGGUGCGACUUAUCUCCAAACCUCAGAAGACGACAAGCGUCAAGUAGCCCUGGAUCACGAGUCAGCGAUCUCUGCCCUGAAGGCAUCCCAUGUCGAGAUCUUGAGGACGCUCGAAUCAGAGCUCACGAUCACAAAAGAGACUCUUGAAGCAGAGAGGGCUGCGCUCCGAAAGGUUGAGGAAGAAGCUGCUGCCCGUCACGACGCUGCCAUCCAAUCGCUAAAGUCCAGUCACGCGAAAGCAAUCGAAGAAGUCGAAGAGAAAUCAAAUGCGUUGCAUCAGCAAGCACUGGAUGAUCUACGUUCCAGUCUCGCAGAGGAGAAAAAGGUGCUCGAGUCGCAAAACCAGUCUCUCCAAUCCGAUAUGGAGAGCACACGCUUCCAGCUACAAACCUUGAAGGGAAUCCUACAGGAUGUGGAAAACGAAGGGCAAGAGAAAAUCGCCGAAUUUGAGGCCAGAAUUGAAAAGCUUGACAGCGAUCUAUCGAUGUCGGUCUUGAAACUGGCAGAAAAGUCCUCCCAGGUCUGGGAUCUGCAAUCACAGCAUGAACAGGCACUGGCAGCUGCUCAGAAAAGCUUCGAGGAGAGUUCGAAAUCCGAACUUGAGGCGUUACGAUCAAGCCACGAGGAGGCCCUGUCUCAACUUCAAUCCACUCUCGAAGAGCAACAUGUGACCGCCACGAGCCAACUAGCACAGCAGCAUGAAGAAGCUCUGAAGGCGCUUGAAGAAAAGCACCAAUCACAAUUGGCAGAACUUGAACAACGGACCAAGGAGGAGCAUGGUAACCAGCUCGACGAAGUCAUGAAGACCCUUGAAAGCCAGUGGAAAUCCCAGGUCGAUCAGCUAGAAGAUUCGAAUGCGGAAGCGAAGGCCCGCCUUACACAGCAAACCAAGGAGCACGAGGAGGCACUUGCGAACGCCCAAUCAGAGCAUGAGGCUACCCUUGCCCAAUUGAAGACAGAACUGCUGCAGGCCAAAGAUGCACUUGAGACCUCGGACAAGUCUGAAAUUGAAACCGUCAAGCUGCAGCUCGCAGAAGCUCUGGAAAAGGCGAAUACCAUCGAGGAGAGCCAUGCAACAGCAAUGAGUGCCUUCACCAAAGAGCAUGCUUUGGAACUUGACUCCCUUAGGGAACAAGUGAAGGCUGCCCAUGCUGCUUCAGAAUUGCGAACAGAUCCUGCCGAAUUCGAAGUGUUGAAACAGAAGUACGUUGAGGCUCAACAAGCCUUGGAAGAGCUACAAAAGCAACAAGAUCAAUCACUUCGCGACGUCAAGGCCGACUACGAUGCCAAGUCUGAGAAACUCCUGCUUGAAUUGAAUGAGGCAAAACAAAUGGCACAGAAUGGAACCGAUCCCAGUCAGGUGGACACUCUGAGAACCGAGCUUGAUGAGGCCAUGAAGCAAAUUGCCGUACUUCAAGGCGAGCUGGAUGGCGCUGUACUUGAGAUUGAGACUCAACGAGGAAUGGCAGACUCGGCAGCAAAAGAAGCUGAAGAGUAUAAGCGCCAGGCAGAAGCCAUUUCUCUUGCCAGCCCCAAGUCUCCUCGGAAAAGUCGAAGUCCCCGACGCAAAUCAAUGAACCCUCUCUCACCCACUCCUACCAGUGCGAAGAAAGGCCUCGAAGCUAGUCGAUGGACGACACCCAGCGAGGACUCCACCACCUCUACAGGCCUUAGAGGCGGAGGAGAAGAAGAAGUUUCAGAUGAGAACACCCCAAACAAAACCAGAGCCAACGUUCAAGGGCAACUAGCUGGGAUUCAAGAACAAGUGAGGCAAAUCCAAGAGCUUGAUAAUGACAUGCUCCUAGAUAACCAGAAGAUGGCUCGGCUUUUAAGCAAGGUCGCCGACCGUACAGAAACAAUUGAUGCUGUCCAAGUGGAGGAAGACUAGUAGUCGACUCGGGCAACAGCGCUGAGGUUGACUUGACAGCUAAAGGGCUCUGAUUUGUCAUGGUGAAGGACGAACUUACGGCGAGAUGUCGACCUUUUUGGUCAGACAAUGGAGGUAAUAUUGGCGAUACUCGGGGGAGUUUUCAAUGGUCAUGUUCUCUCCGGUGGAACGGAUACGGAUUAAUAGGAACAACCAGGGAGGAAGACCAGCGAAGGUUAGGUCAGUCUAUGGUGUACCGCCACCAUGAACAAUACGGCGAGAAGCAGAAACCAGAAUCGGGAACGAGGAACAUACCAACCAUUUUCAUCUAUUCGACUGUGUGUCUACUGGACUCUGGCGGAGAUUUUGUCUCUUCGACUUUUGUCGUCCAUUUCCUGGACUGACAACAUCCUCUAACUACGACAGAGAGAUGUGUGUUCGACCUGGUUAGACAAACCGGGUCUCUCUCCCUUUUUCAUUCCUCCCUCCUCCUUUAUAGCUUGUUUUAUUCUGUUCUCAC